AUGGCCGGGUUCACUGAGGCGGCGGUUCCGCCACCCGCUCCUCCCGGCCGCCACUUUCCCCCCGCUUUCCCGUCGACCCGGCGUUGCUGCUGCCGCCGCCCGGCUCUGCCCGCCCUGCCCGGCUUGCUGUCGCUGGGCUUGCUCCUUUCGCGUGUCUGCUGCGGUGCCUUAGCUGGACCAGUAGUUGAUCCACAUGUGAGAGCAGUAUGGGGGAAGAACGUUACACUGAAAUGCAUAAUUGAUAUAAACGAAACAUUAACACAAAUUACGUGGGAGAAGAUACACGGGAAGAGUGCACAGACUAUUGCUGUUCAUCAUCCUGAAUAUGGAUUUUCUGUUCAAGGAGAAUAUCAAGGAAGAGUAUCACUCAAAAACACCUCUCUUACUGAUGCAUCAAUCAUCCUAACCAAUGUUACCUUCUCUGAUUCUGGAGAAUAUGUAUGCAAAGCAGUUACAUUCCCUCUAGGAAAUUCACAGUCAUCAACAACUGUAGCUGUAUUGGUUGAACCAAUUGUGAGCCUAACAAAGGGACCAAAUGCUUUAAUAGAUGGUGCCAAUCAGACAGUUGCAGCUAUUUGCACAGCAGCCACUGGAAAACCAGCUGCAGAGGUUGUCUGGGAAGGUGGCCUCGGUGAAAUGGAAUCCACUUCAACUGCAUAUCCAAAUGAAACUGUGACAGUGGAGAGUCUAUACAAGGUUGUCCCCACCAGGUUUGCUAGAGGAAGACGUAUCACUUGUGUUGUGAAACAUCCAGCUUUGGAGAAGGAGAUAAGGAUGCUUUAUGUGCUGGAUAUUCAGUAUUCCCCCGAAGUUACAGUAACUGGGUAUGAUGGAAACUGGUAUAUUGGAAGAGAGAAUGUUUUACUCAGGUGUAAUGCUGAUGCAAAUCCGCUACCAAUGGAGUUUACAUGGAGUCGGUUGGAUGGACAUUGGCCUGAAGGUUUACAGCCUUUAAACAAUACUCUGCAUUUCAUCAGACCAUUAACCAUCAAUUAUACUGGAACUUAUGUUUGUAAAGUGGCCAAUUCACUUGGCCAAAGAAGUGAUGAAAAGACUAUCUACAUAUCAGAUCCUCCUACUACUACCACCUCAUCACCCACGAUUCCAUGGCUUCCUUCAACUGAUGGCAUCACAGGUUUAACAACUCAGCCAAUACUAAGGCUUUUCCCAACAUCACCAUGGCCAGCAAUGCAGGAAGACAAUUGGGGCACCAUCAUCGGUAGUGCAGUGGGCGGGGCUCUUUUCCUGAUACUUGUAUGUGUCUUGGUUGGAGUUAUCUGGUAUAGGAGAAGAAGGACGUUCCGUGGUGACUACUUCGCUAAGAACUACAUUCCACCAUCAGAUAUGCAAAAGGAGUCCCAAAUAGAUACCCUCCAGGUAGAGGAUGUGGAUUCUUAUCCUGACAGUGUGAAAAAGGAAAUAAAACAUCCAAUGAACAGUCAUAUAACUAAAGACUACUUGGGAGAAACUGAAAAAACAGACUGGAACAAAGUAGACACUAUUAACAGGUACCAGGACAGGUAUGAAAGACCAAUGGAUUACUAUGAAGGUGGAACACUGGGAAUGAAAUACUUGGGUGAUGAAUGUUACGAUGAAAAUGAAGAUGACUUAGUUUCACAUGUAGAUGGCUCUGUAAUAUCCCGAAAGGAGUGGUAUGUGUAAUGACCACUUUCAAGUUUUGACUAUACAUAAAGCUCCUUCAUUAGCUGAUCACUUUCAGAUUGUUUAUACUUUUUCUUGAGGAACAAGCUUUUUGAAGUUGAUUUUCAAGCUUUUUAUAUUCUAACUUGACAAAUGAAAUGUAAAAACCUCAUUUAAAUGUAUUGAAGCUGCUUUAUGAUUUUUUUCCCCAAUGCUGUACUACUGUCUUUCACAAGAUUCAAAUUUUAAUAUAGUGCUUUAUUUGGCCUAUAGCACAAGAUAAGAACAAAGUGCUAAGUGGAAAAAAUGAAAUCGUUAUAAAAAGUUUGAAAUGAA